AUGCGUCGAGCCAAAUCAUGUGAGACGAUCCCCGUGAUGAUGAGAGUGGAGCUGCUGUACGGGUUGACAGGACUGGUGGGCAGCUUGGUGUCGGGUCACCUGUUCCAGUUGCACAGCUUCAGUUUGGGAAACGGGACCAUCCUGCUGUGUGUGAGCACGCUGCUGCACUUCCUCUGCCUCGUAUUCUCUGGAGUCCUGCUGCAGGUGAGGCGAGGGAACAGCGAGGACUCGGAGGAAAGCUACCACCUCCUGUCUCACGCCUCCCGUAACACCCGUCUCGUCGAGGCUUUUGCGGGGAUGAACGUGGUGAACCUGGUUCUCCUGUUUGCGGCAGCCUUCCUCUACGACUUCGCCGUGGGCGGAGCUAUAGAGAUCCUGGGCUCCUUUGUGCUGAAAUCGCCGCUCAGCUGGACUGCCGCACAAGUGGGCUACGGAAACGCGGCGGGCUGCAUGAUUUUCAUCACCAGUUUCGUCGGCGUCAUCGUCUUCCGCAGAUGUGACGUCUGCGACGAGACCAUGAUCCUGAUUGGCAUGCUGUCUUUCGCUUCGGGCAUCUACCUCAUGUCCUUCGUCACCACCACCUCCAUGUUCUACAUCGCCCGUUCACUAAACCUCUUUGCACUCAUCCCGAUGCCGACCAUCAGGUCUCUGGUCUCCCAGCAGGUUCCUGCAUCCUCCUGUGGCACCACUCUCACCGUGCUGCAGAUGGUUCUGAAGUUGGCCGGCGUAGCCUACAUUCCCACUUUCACCAAGAUCUACCAGAACACCCUGAACAGCCUCCCAGGCUUAGUCUUUCUGGUCUCCAGCAUCUUCACAGUCCUGGCGAUGAUUCCCAUCAGCAUCGUGGGCUGCAGGUCGGCUCAGAAGCAACAAUACGUGAGGAUUCUGGGAGACUGAAGGAGCAGCGCAGA